AUGUCCGCCGGCGGCAGCAAGUUCGAGCUCGAUGACCGCUCCUACCUGCGCGAGAAGGUCAUAGAGGUGUACGAGAAGCUGUGGCUGCGCGGCGCGCCGCUCGACGCGAGCGGCUGGGCGGAGCUCUUCUUCCUCAAGCCAAACGCGGCGUGGCUGCAGUCGUACCUGGGCUCGCUGACCGCGGCGCGGCUGCGCGCGAGCACGCCGACGGUGCGCGCGCUGUGGGCCGAGUGCGCCGCGCGGCUCGGCCACGAGCACGAGCCGAGCGUGCGCGGGCACGCCCUCGAGACGAUGAGCGGCAUCCUGCUCGGGCUCGGCGGCGUCCCGCUGCACUCGUUCGCCUCGGACGCGCCGGAGCUGCUCACGGGGCUCGACGAGGCGGAGGGCUGCUUCGACGAGCUCGCGCCGAUGCUGCGCGAGCUCCUCGCCCCUCCCUCCGCCGCCGCCGCCGCGUCGCCGAGCGCGGCGCUCACGGCGAUUGCGCUGCGGCGGAGCGCCCUGCGGCUGCUGAUGGCCUUUGCGCUGGCGAGCGACGGCCUGUCGGCCAACAUCCUGCUCGAGUUCCUGCUGCUGCGCCUCGCCUCCUCGGAGAAGAACAAGACGAGUGCUAGUGACGGAGAUGAGAAAGUCAACAGGCCCUCGCCGGCCCGGCCGCCGUCGCGCGCCACCUGA